AUGAAUAUGCAGAAACCCAACACCCACACUCAGAGACACCACCAUCUUUCUCUGGCUAGGCAAUUAUCUGCACAAGUUCCACCCCUCCCACCAGCUCCUUUCAUAUUUGACCCGACCCGCCGCGACUCAAUUCAGGCCUCAAUCGGACAAACCUGCAGAGACUGGGGCGCCUUCCACGUUACCAAUCACGGCUUACCCGCCGCCUUACUUGAUGCCAUUAAGCGCGCUGGCCUCACCUUCUUCAACGAUAACUCAGUCGAAGACAAGCUGAACUACGCGUGUGAUCCAAGCUCGGCGACGUCGGAGAAGCACGGCAACCGGAUGUUGGAGAAUAACGACACCGUUUUGGACUGUAGAGACUACUUCGACCACCACACUCUCCCCCUCGCGCGUCGGGACCCUACCCGCUGGCCUGAUUUUCUUGCAGACUAUCGACGGGUGGUAUCCGAGUACGGCGAUCACCGCCAUUGA